CAGCGUGGCGGGCACGACUUUUGCAAUGGCUCUAUAACAAUGUUUCCAAUGCGGACAUGACAGCAGACAUUCGAGAACUCGAAUGCCUCAUCCGAAAAUCCCAGCAUACCCGCCAACGUUACACAGCACAACCACGUGACCCGUUUACUGACCAUAUUAAGGUCGUACAUGUGCAUGAGGUAGUUCGUGCCACGAACUUGCGCCAUGUGUUGCAGUUGCCAGAAGUAGCUGCAUUGCACCCUGACCCGCAAGCGGCCGCACAUGUUCGUGUAUGUGACAAGUUGAUGCCACCCACACGUGUCCAAUUUUCCAACUUUACUGAUGUGGCAUUGAGUGUUGCUCCUGACAUGACCUUACCAGACUCCGUGAACUGCGAAUGCUACAAGGCCUUUCCGCAUUGUUCAAAUCUUGUGGACGGUCAUGUUGUCUUUGUUGAUUACAAUAUCAUCUCAGACGAUAACCUUCGCAAGCUUUUUCAAGAAGGUUCUAAAUAUCGUUUGAACGGGGAGACUGCUGAUGUGCUCCAAGCACUGGCGAUCRGACUCGAUGAGUACAUUGCCAGUUACAAGAAUACAUUUGCUAGACACUCUCGAUCUGCUUCUUUCUCGUCCCUUUCUCAGAAAUUGCACAGCUGGCGUUCUGCAAUCCUUGGGCAUUGUCAAUCCAAUGCGACUUCGUCUUCCAAUCAUCCUACUGCAUCUAUUCUAGGAAUCCCUGAAGAUCGCAUAUUCGCCAACUUGAUCCUGUUUGGCGAAGAUGGGAAAUAUAGUGGUUUCGACCGGUCAGAGCCGACAUCGCGAAGCGGGGGAAAGCCACUGGCAAUCGAGCUGUUACGAAAGACGCAUGGCUACAAGACGGUAGUGAUGGUUGGAGAUGGUGCGACAGACUUGGAGGCGCGCAGGCCAGGAGCAGCAGACCUUUUUAUUGGCUAUGGCGGAGUACAAGUGCGACCGAAAGUGGCUGCCGGGGCCGAUUGGUUUAUCACCAACUUCGAACAACUGAUAUCCGUCCUGACGGAUAUUUCCACUGAUGGAACAGGAAGCCAGAGCUAGCUGAGAUAAAAAAAAAAAAAAAAAGAUAUACGCAUUUAUUAUUUAUAAUUUUUAUAUGUAUAUCAAAGUUUAGUUCAAUUACUUUACCCCCUCUAGUAGGUCUGCUGUGGCCUCCGCCCCCCGCAAAAGAAGAAGAAAGUUUUUACUUUAUUUAAGUUUAUUACUAGGAAGAUUUUCAUGACACAGGCCGCUGGUCUGGACCGGCCGGUCGCGCGGGCCUGCGUGAUGUCCGGGGGGGUCUGACGCACGGGAUACCGGGGCAUGGGACAAAAAAAAAUAAAAAAAAUGGCGGUGGGGUUUUUCCACGCUCUCCGAGAGGACCCCAAAUCCGGGCUCUUUUCCGUUUUGAGAGUUGGCUGUCAAGGGGGGUUAAGGGGAGUAUAAAUGAAUUUUAAACGGGCUA